AUGAAUAUUGACAUCUUGAACCCGCGACAGGAUCGGUUGCGGGGAAAUCCCGCCGAUUCUCCAGCCGAACCGAAGCGGCAACAACGCGCGUGGGCGCUCGAAGAUAAGCAAACGCACGUCUAUUCGGAGAUGGAAAGUUUUCUCAUUAGGGAAAUGAACAAGAGAAUGUCGGAGGAGCAGGCAAAAAAGAUCUUCGAAAGGGCUGUUAAAAUGGAACAGGAAUUUGGAGAGUAUUUUACAGUGGUGGUUCCAGGAGACACCCCCGAAGAAAUGUACAAUCAAGCAAAGGAUGUUAUCAACGAGCAAUCAGGACCAAACAUUUGGACCGGCUAA